AUGUCUCAGAUUGGGGUGCCCGCCAUGUUUGGCAGCUCCAGCGCGGCCCUCAUCAGCGGGACGCCGCCGGUCGGGCGAUACACGCACUCCCUGGGCCCCACUGAGGCUCCGGCGGCCGCGAUCGAGCCGUCGCACGUCGAGGAGCCGCCCGCCGCGCCCGUCGAGCGUGCCGACGAGCGGCCGCCGGCCGUGGGCCAAAAGCAGGCCGCGCGGCGCAAGCGCGACCGCAGGCAUGACGAGGCAGCCGGCGGACAUGGCGCCGAGCCUCAAGGCAAGCGUGCGGGGGCGGCGCGGGCGAAGAAGCGGAAGCUGGCGGAGCUGGCCGCUGAUCUCCCUCAAGACCUCGGUGCGACGGCGGAGGGGCGGCACGCGGCCUUUGCGACGACGCGCUCGGGCGGGCCUCGAAUGAGCGUGGAGGCGGCGCGGAAGGCGGCGUCGCACGCGCAGCUGCAGGCCUCCAAGUACUUGAAGGUGAUGGUGCGGUGCGGCCACCUCAAGGAGGCGGCGGCUGUGAUGGGCGGCCAAGCCCGCGACCCAGAGCUGCGCCUGCUCAACCCGGCCGCCGGCCUGAUCCUCUCCGAGGACGCCUCCGCCGAGCGUCAGAUUAUGGCAAACGUCGGCGAGAUGCUGAACCGCGACGGUGGCGGCCGCGGCAACCGCUCGGAGGACGCCGCCCGCUUCGCCAGCGCCGUUGCCGUCGCCGUGACCGACGCGGCCUCUCCCGCUAAGGUUGGCAGGCAGAGAGCGCCGGCUUCGUGCUCGCCCGGCCGCUCGCGGCCAUGCACACGCGCCGCGCUGCUGCUGGGCUGCACGUCGCUGCUUUGCCUGCUCGCGCUGCUCGCACACGAGAAGCCUGCUGAAUCAGCUGCUGACGUCUGCGCCAAUGUUCCGCGCGUGCCAGCUGCGCUACUGAAGCACCUCUCACAGCAGGAGGCUGCCGAUGUGGACGCAGCGCUCAUGCCGACUCCUGGCCUGAGCGUCGAGAGCCUCAUGGAGCUCAGUGGCCUCGCGGUCGCGCACGCAGUACUCGCUAUCUACCCACCGAAUGCAUACCCAAACGUGCUCGCGGUCCUCGGUCCUGGCGGUAACGGCGGCCUCGGAUAUUCGGUCAGCGCCUACUACCCGAAGCGAAACGGCGGCGCGCUCUACGUGGGCCUCGCCGCAUCGCUCGAGCAGAUGGGUGUCCGCUUCGUCGACGCGCUCCCGCCGCCCUCGCGCACCACCGUCGUCGUCGACGCGGUGUUCGGCUUCAGCUUCCGGCCGCCGCUGCGAGCGCCGUUUGGCGAGGUGCUCUCGAGCAUGAGCGCCUUCCCGCACAUUGUCGCCGUCGACGUGCCGUCGGGCUGGGACGUGGACGCGGGCCCGCCAAAGACUGGAGGCGGAGCUGAACUGCGGCCGUCGGUCCUCGUCUCGCUCACUGCGCCCAAGCGCUGUGCGUCGGCCUUUGACGGCACGGCGCACUUUCUGGGUAAGGUGCUCAUGCCGCCGGAGGUGGGCGAGGCGCACGGGCUGCUGCCACAAACGGCCUGGGGAAGUAGCCAGGUCGUGCGGUUGGUUUAG